CAGAGCCAAUGCUGAUUAGCAUAGAUAUCUUGGCCGAGUGCUGAUGUCACUACUUUCCAUUCGAAGUUCAUUUUUGUCCUAGUUGGAACUUGCUGGUUUUUUUUGUGUAAGAAUCUGCUGCCUCACACUGUAAAUCUCCUGAGGGCAAUCGCUCGCUUCUGUAUAAAUAAAGAGCCAUCCACGGCAGCCUUGUAAUUCAUAACAAGUGCAACAGCAGCCUCGGACUAUAUUACAGUUGUUCAAAACAGCCACCUCUCGGAGAGACCAUGCAUUUGCAAAGCCUUAAUUGCAACGUUAUUCUGAUCGCUUGUUUGCCUGACAGUGAAGUCUUCACAGAUAGUGAUUUAAAGGAUGACUUUGAGACCUUGUUCAGGGUCUACGACAAGAAUGUGACCUUCCAGUUUUUCAAGAGCUUCAGGCGAGUUCGAAUCAACUUCAGCAACCCCAUUGCUGCAACUGAAGCCCGAAUUCAACUUCAUGAAACUGAGUUUAAUGGGAAGAAAAUGAAGCUCUACUUUGCACAGAUCCAGAACAAAUCUUUCAGUAAAGGUAGUCCUCACCUUGCACCACCCCAUCCAGAAAAACAAUUCCUCAUUUCCCCACCAGCAUCUCCGCCUGUUGGGUGGAAGCAAGCAGAAGAUGCUACUCCAGUUGUAAACUAUGACUUGUUGCAUGCAAUUUCCAAGCUGGGACCAGGGGGGAAGUACGAAUUGCACGCUGGUACUGACACCACUCCCAGUGUUGUUGUACAUGUUUGUGAAAGCGACCCAGAACUGGAGCAGGAACAAGAGGAGGACGAUGGCAAGAAUCGGCCCAAACCGAAAAUCGUUCAAACAAGACGGCCAGACUACGCUGCAAACCAUUCUAAGUGAAGUGAACUUGUCGACAUGUCCGCGUCUUUGCGUUUGGAUUCCUCAUACAGAGAACGGCCACACUACUGAGUUAUAAUGGGGAUACUGGACUGCAGUAUGACUUUUUGCAAGGAGUUUAAGUUCCCAAAAUGCAUAACUGUGUGUGUGUAUACUGGUAGGCAGAAAGAAUGUGGGAAAUUUGUACUGUUUCGAUGCUUUAGCGUUAUUUUCUGCUGUAAGCCUGCACAUUUAAACUGCAAAGAUAUUGAACUGGGGACAGCUGGAACAGCUGGAUGAGUGAGCAACAUUGAUAAAGGCACUCGUGGUGAGGUAGUGUCUGGUUGGCACUGACAUUUUUUUUUUAGUUCUCUUUAACGUUUUUGUGUCUAUCAUUUCCUUGCUAUUAUACUUUGCAUAUUGUUGCAAACAUUGUAGUUAUUUGUGGUGUUUCGUGUGGCCUGGUACAAUGUUUAAAAUAGUCCUAGCAGUGCCAGCUUGUAUGGAAUUGUGACAUAUUCAACUUAAGCAGGAAACUGAAUAUAAUUGCAAACAGUGGCUGCUUCAUGGGUUAAUUUAACCACUUAUCAGGAUCAGGUGGCUUUUUUAACUUUUUAAACUCCAUCUAACUACCUACUGUAAGUAUUCUCUAAUCAAACUGCAUCACCAUGAUUGUGAAGAUAAUUGACGCGGUCUGGCUUGCACUUUAUCUUUCCGCAAACCUUCUGCGACGUAGCUACCUGUCCCGUGCACUAAAACUAACCGCAUGUUGUAAAACACACACUAUUGUAUGGAGAUUUUUUCGAAUCUAUUACUCUAGUGCGUUUGUGUCUUCUAAAUGAACUGACUCAUCAUUUGCUUCAUUGAGAUUCAAGCUUGCCCGACCACAUUAGUCUGACAUUUGGUGUCAGAGUUGGACUCGGAUAUUAUUUUGCCUGUUUCUUACUCUUUCCUCUGGCUGGUUCACUUGCAAGCGAAGGACUGCAGUGCUGUGAGCUGACAAAUCUGGCAAAAGCUGAUUGUUAGGGUGCUUUUUGCACUCCAUAACCCCAAAAUGAAGACUAACUCCUAGAGGCAUUUAUUGGAUGAAAUGGAACAAAAAUGAAUCCCAUGUAUCGGAAGGAACUGCAGAUCUUCUGUACCUCAUUAUGUUGGAACUAGGCACAUUUUCUUUAAGAAUUAGGGAAGUACAGGACAGAAACUGGCCCUUUGACUCAAUGUGUAGGAAGGAGCUGCAGAUGCUGGUUUGCACUGAAGACAGACACAAAAAAGCUGGAGUAACUCA